AUGGCUCCCCCAACGCUGUCAGGAGACAACCUGGCUAGCUCUACAAACCGACAAAUUCCACUCUCUUGUUUCGUUUGCCCCGAAACCCCACGGUUUUCAGACGUAUCACACCUUCUCACACAUAUUGCAUCCAAAGGACACCUGCAUCAUGAGACCCAAACAAAGCUUAAGGCCCAUCAAGACAUCGCCGCUGCGCUGAACAAGCGGAAGAUGAAGCAGGAGAUGUCGAUGAGCCCGGCAAUAAAGCUUGAAGGGGACGAACUCAUGAGAGAUUUCCCAAUCUUCCCAGGACUUCUAGAUAUCGAACCGGAUAACAACAUUCAAGACGAAUUUGUUUUGGGAAAUGACUCGAUGUUAUUGAAGGGCCAAGUAUGGCCAGGAAUGGGAAAGAUGGAUCUUGCCGACGACCAGACGAGAAAAGCCCGAAACCAAAAGAAGCCCAAGUCUGUCAUUGAUAAAAUGAAGAAGGCAUCUGAGUGCAUCGAGCCUACCCAAUUUGUAAUGAGCUCGAAGCUUGAGGUAGAAAGGACAAGGGACGUUUACGACGAUACUUCAUCUCCUAUUCCUGGCCAGGAGGAAUCAACACCACCCAAAAGGGCCCCAAAACCCAAGCGAAAGAAGGCAACACCUCUUGCCGAAAUAUCUGGAAAUAUUCCGAAGCAGCGACGAAGGACUGCCCGUGGUCAGAGGUCUAACGCUGGGAAGUCAACGCGCUCCAAGAAGGAACAGGAGCUUCAGCAUGAGCCUGAAGUAUUGCCAUCGCCAAAACGAAGCAGGGAGGUCCAGGAUGUAUUCCGCGACGACGUUAUACGAACAGCUUCUAUCAGUGAGCCUCCGCUUCCUCUGAAUCACGGUAACCACGGAUUAGAGCAUCGUAACAAACACGGGACUCGGAGCUUGAAUGGCUUCUUUCACUCGAAUAUCGUCUCCCCAACGCCGCAAGCGAGAGGUCUGGCAUCUCGUCACCUACAAGCCAGGGAAAUACUAAGUUCGCUUCAACCCGACUCUUUCCCUCCAGGUUCUUUCAGCCAUGCUGAAGCCUCUUAUGCGAUGAAAGAUGCUACAAUCUACAACGCUUCAUCACGACUUCCGUUUGUUCCUACAGACUAUAGUCAAUUCCGAGAGUCAGGCUCAGACCAUUUGCGCACGGCAGCAAACUACGGUUUCCAGUUGAAACUGGAGGAAUACCCGGGAUCACAUUUUGGAGACCCAACACAGGGAACGAACAGCCCGUAUAUUGGCAUAACUGGAACUAAUCCUCUUUUCUCGAAUGACCGGCCAUUUCUGAAUUCGUACAACCAAAGAGCUCCGAACGCAGUAUUCUCCCCUCUGUCAUUCCCCCCUGUCAACCAACAGCCAGACCAUUCACACACUGGGCGAGAUACGAAGCAACAAACGCAUAUGUGUGAGACCAUGGAAGCGAGUGGCCUUGAUGAAGAGCAGGAAUUGAAUUUCAACGGUUCAUGGAGCCUGCACGAUGCCGACAGCGACAUGGGUUUUGCCCACGGAUCAGCGAUGGAUGAUCAGCAGAUCUGA